AUUAAAAAUUUCAUGAAUUGUCAAAAAUCAAGAUGACAUUGACACAGUUUUGUAUUUGAGACGAGCUGUUAAAAACAGAAUUACAGCUGCGCGCGCGCAUUUUAUUUAGUGAAUAUUUCAAUUAUUAUGAAUUAAAUUUGGAUAAAUUUAAGGUAAUAUGGAGUCAGGGGAUUCGUUUAUAUCUUGUGCUGUAACGGUAGAAUGGACGACACCACAAGGCUCAAUUAUAAGAAAGGUAAAUUAUAAAACAGGUUCAAUCCGACUGAUCCGCAACGAAUUUAGAGAAAUGUAUAUGGAAAUUACAAGUGAAAAACAUAACGCUAUUCGCCUAGCUCUUAAAGGCAUAAAUGUUUUCAAAAAAUUCAUGGCAGAAGGUAAAGCCAGCAUUAAAUUUCAAGAAGCAGGUUGUACUCUUUUCAUAUCCAAUGCGCCCCCUACGAACUUGGUUUCAUUUUUAAGGACAGUAUUCGUCAAAAUGACUGGCGAUAAAGAGCAAGGCAUUAAUAAAACACCAUCGAAGCAAAGUGUGAGAACGAAAUUAUUAAGUGGCAAGGCUAAGGCAUUUGAAGAUAUAAGCCCAGUUACGGUAGCGGAUAUAUGCCAGGCUAAAAGUAAGAUCAGUAAGGCGACUACAACAACUCCGUCUCCACCUUCCAAGAAGAGAAAGUUUGAUGAAGCAAUCAAAGGACCAGCUCCAAAGAAACUGUACUCUCCUUCACCACUUUCAACCACAAGUUCAUUAAAUGAAGAACAAACACGAGUGUUAGAAGCUUGUCUUAGUGGAAAAAAUAUAUUCUUUACUGGUUCUGCAGGCACAGGGAAAAGUUUUUUGUUGAAAAGAAUUGUAGCAGCUUUACCACCAGACGUAACAAUGGCCACUGCUUCCACUGGAGUUGCCGCUUGUCAUAUAGGUGGGACCACCCUUCAUGCAUUCGCUGGCAUCGGAGAUGGUAGUGGUACUGUAGAAAAGUUGUGCGAGCGAGCAAUAAAAUCACCGCUAGUUGCACAAAAGUGGAGAAAAUGCAAACAUCUUAUAAUAGAUGAAAUAUCUAUGGUUGAUGGAUUGUAUUUUGAGAAGUUAGAAGCAGUAGCAAGACAUGUACGGAAGAAUAGCAAACCCUUCGGAGGUAUUCAACUGAUUUUGUGUGGAGAUUUUCUUCAGUUACCGCCUGUUGUUGAUAAAAAUAAAUCAGCAAAAAGAUUUUGUUUCCAAACAUCUUGUUGGGAUAAAUGUAUAAAAUUGUGUUUUGAACUGAAACAGGUUCAUCGACAGACUGAUCAAGAAUUUAUAUCUAUCCUGAACAAUAUUAGGAUAGGUCGUGUUACAAAGGAAAUCAGUGAUCGCCUUUUAAAAACAGCAGCACAGAAGAUUGAAAGUGAUGGAAUUCUUGCCACAAGAUUAUGUUCACAUACAAAUGAUUCAAAAUCAAUAAACAAUUCAAAAUUACGAGACCUGGAAGGCGAAGAAAAAAUAUUCUCGGCUCAAGAUAGUGAUAACGCCAGCACACUGCUUGACAUGCAAACUAUUGCACCAUCAAAAUUAGUUUUAAAAGUUGGUGCACAGGUGAUGUUACUGAAAAAUAUUAAUGUUAAUGCCGGUCUAGUGAACGGAGCUAGAGGUGUAGUCGUUAGAUUCGACGAAGGACUUCCGGUUGUGAGAUUUAAAAACAAAAAAGAAUACACAACUCGUACCGAACGUUGGUAUGUAAAAAAUUCUAGUGGUUCAUUGUUCUGUAGACGCCAAAUACCUUUAAAUUUGGCAUGGGCAUUCUCAAUACAUAAAUCUCAAGGUCUAACAUUGGACUGCGUGGAAAUGUCCCUCUCUAAAAUAUUUGAGGCGGGUCAGGCUUAUGUCGCACUUAGCCGAGCUCAAAGUUUAGAUACACUGAGAGUGUUAGAUUUCGAUUCACGGCAUGUUUGGGCUAACACUGAUGUCUUAGAAUUUUAUCAAAGAUUUAGACGACGUUUACAACAAAUGGAAAUAGUACCUCUUGGGAGACCGUUAUCAGAUAAGACAAACAAAAAAGUCAAACUUAGGGAAAUUUUAGCAAAACAAUUGAAUAAAUAGAAAUAAUUUUACACUGAUUUUAGUACAAUCAUGUCCUAGAAUAGUAGGUAUUUAUGUGUAGUGAAUGUAUUUAUAAUAUUUUUUCAUAUAAUGUACCAAUAAUUCAGACUGAUAAUUUUUAUACCUCUGAUCUCUACUUUCUAAACACAUCAAUCUAUCUACACUUUUAAUGGCUUAUAAUAAAAAACGAUUAUGGGACAGAAGUUAUGUAUUUUUAUUGUCAAUCGUUAUCAAACUACCUUGAUUCCACCGCUGUUAAUAUUUCUAUUUGUUCUUCUAGAGUGGCGAGUUUCUCUUGAAGACAUUUAACAAUGUACUUAUAUGUUUCUAUGUUCUGAUCCAUAUUCUUUUUGGAAGAUCGACUGUCCUCCAU